CAUCUUACCCUGCAACCAGAGCUCAGCUGGAGAGGACUAGGGCAGAAGGCACCAUGAGUGGUGGCCCUGUAGGAAGCAGGCCUGGGGGCAGAGGGGGACCAGGGGUUCAGCAGAACAUUCCAUCCAACCUCCUCCAGGAACAUGAAAAUCAGCGACUCUUUGAGCUGCUUGGCCGAAAAUGCUGGACACUGGCCACUGCAGUUGUACAGCUGUACCUGGCACUGCCCCCUGGAGCUGAGCGCUGGACAAUGGAACACUGCGGGGCUGUUUGCUUCGUGAAGGAUAACCCUCAGAAGUCCUACUUCAUCCGUCUUUAUGGCCUUCAGGCUCGUCGGUUACUCUGGGAACAAGAGCUGUACACCCAGCUGGUUUACUUCACUCCCACCCCUUUCUUCCACACCUUUGAAGGAAAUGACUGCCAAGUAGGACUGAACUUUGCCGACGAGAGUGAAGCCCAGGCCUUCCAGUCCUUGGUGCAAGAGAAGAUACAAAAAAGAAAUCAGAAGCUAAGUGGAGAAAGACGCCAGCUACCACCACCACCAGCACCAACCAAUGAAGAGAGAAGAGGACGGCUCCCACCUCUGCCCCCACAUCCAGGUGGAGACCAUGGCGGCCCAUCAGGUGGUUCACUAUCUCUAGGACUUGUGACAGUCAACAUUCAGAACCCUGACAUCACAAGUUCACGAUACCGUGGCCUCCCUGCACCUGGCCCUGGCCCAGCUGAUAAGAAACGCUCAGGAAAAAAGAAGAUCAGUAAAGCAGAUAUUGGUGCACCAAGUGGAUUCAAACAUGUCAGCCACGUGGGCUGGGAUCCUCAGAACGGAUUUGACGUGAACAACCUAGACCCGGAUCUGCGGAGCCUUUUCUCCAGGGCUGGGAUCAGUGAUGCUCAGCUUUCUGACGUAGAGACCUCCAAGCUUAUUUAUGACUUCAUUGAGGACCAGGGUGGGCUAGAGGCUGUCAGACAGGAGAUGAGGCGCCAGGAGCCCCUCCAGCCACCGCCACCACCAUACCGAGAUGGAGGAAGCCAUCCCACACGAGCUUCUGUUGUGGGGAGCAAUAAGGGUCGCUGGGGUCUACAGCCCCCUGUACCUAUGGAGGGUGUCCCGCCACCACCAACACUCCGAGGGUCUCCAACGCCCAGCCGAGGGGGCCUUUCACCACCACCCGCUCCAGCCACUGGAAUCUCUGGACCACCAGCCCCUCUAGUGCCUGGUGCUGGUGAACCCCCAGUACUGCUGCCACCACCACCACCACCACCACCUCCUCCUCCUCCACCCUGCACUGGAAGUGGGCCAGCCCCUCCCUCAAUUCCUCCAAUUCCAGUGUCUGAGGAGACCCCAGCCCUUGGUGGGGGCCGGGACUCACUUUUGGAUCAAAUCCGGCAGGGAAUUCAGCUGAAUAAGACCCGUGGAGCCACAGAGAGCUCAGGGCAGCAACCCCGUGCCCAGACCUCAGAGGGCCUCGUGGGAGCCCUGAUGUAUGUGAUUCAGAAGAGGAAUAAAGUCAUCCAUUCCUCAGAUGAACGGGAGGAUGAAGACGAUGAUGAAUGGGAUGAGUAAAGCAUUGUUCCUUCAUGCAGACCAGUCCCUCUUACUCUAUUCACUCUAUGGUCCUGAUCCCCUCCACUACUAGCUUCCACACCAGCCACCAAACUCAACAUUUCAACUCACCAUUCAAGGAUUAAAAAGAAUCUAAUAACUC